CGGUAUCGAGUGCAAAGAUGAGGUGUUCGCAGCACACCAAGUGCAGCACGCCGAUCUGAAGCCGGUGGCAGUGACUGCACCCGUACCCGCGCCCGCGCCGCUCUGUGCGCCUGUCGCGCCGCCUGCCAACGGCGCAAUAGUCGCCGCCGUACCCUCCGACGACGAGCGACCUAUACCCGUCACAGAGCUCAUUUUCGCACCGCGAAAGAAAGAAAUGAAUAAAGGCUUUCUCAUGUUCUCCCAAGACGAGGAGGGACUUACAAUGCUUAAAGACGAGCCGGAAGAUCUGACCCAUUUGGCACCUACGGCUGGUGACGCUUGUAUCCCUCUGGAGAACAGCCCGUUUGACAUGUUCGAUGAUUUUAUACUAAGCGACAAUUACUGUAGCCUUUUGGGUGAUGAAUUGGCUAAUGCGUCACCGGUAGACUCUCUAACUCCUGAUUCGUUGUUAUUAUCUUCGCCCGAACCUCAGGAGAAUGAAUCGUCAUGUGAACAAUCAUCGUUAUUAACAGAACUGUCGUUGGACGCGUUUGACGGCACGAGGUCGGAUAAUGAUAUUGACGAUGGAAACUCGCCGUUCAUACCGACGAGCGACGAGCUGCCGGUGCUGGAGCCGGCGGUGAUGUGGGGCGCGCUGCCCGACAGCGUCAGUCUGGCUCGCCCCCAGCCCACGGAGACACACAAUGCCUCCCCAGCACCGGCGCUACAGCGCUUGCUCACUGCGUCGACCACAGGCCCGCCGCCACAGGAUCUCAUUACCAAUAUAUAUUCAGAUCAAGGUCUCAUACCGAGCAGAAGCGUUGCGUCUUGGGAUACGGGUGUGAAAAGAGUAUUGAAGCAAGAGCAGGAGCCGUGCGCGAAGCGUGCUAAGCGCAGCCCGUCCCCGGCGCCGGCUAGAGCGAGUAGCAAGCCCUCGUCGAGCGUCCUCAUGAAUCUGCUGGAUACGCCACAACCGUCACCCCAGAGUCAACAUAAUAUGCACACCAAUUACCAGAUGAUACAAAAUGCACAGGCAUUAGGGGGCCAAGCCAUGAACAGAAACAGUAUCCAGAUACCUGUUAUAAACAUCGUUCCGACCAUAAAUAAUCAAAUAUCGCGCACCAACACGCCUAUCAAUCAAGUCAUACGCACAAGCAUGGCCAGCCCGAUGUCUCCUUUAAGCCUGAGUAUCGGCAGUCCGAUGUAUUCGCUGCCGCCCAGCCCGAGCAGUUACAACAGUCCCGCCAUGAGUCCUGCUCAGAGAGACCGCAUGAUGAGUCCGUAUUCUUCUUCGCCAUCGUUGUCCCCGAUGGGUAAGUACCAAGUGUACAGUCCAGGGAGGUUGAUGUCGCCGGCGGGCGUGAUCCAGGGCUGCGACCCGUACCUCACGACCAAGAUGCAACCCAGCCCGGGGUUCCCGAUGCAGACAGAAAUGCUCCUGGAUUCGAACGUGCCGCUGACCACGUCCGACUUCUGGCCGGACACGGACAUGCUCCAAGGAACAAGCGACUUACUAACGGCUUUCGAUGACGUCAAACUAGGCUAAUUUUUUAAGUUGAGAGCGCGGUUGAGGAGUGAUUUCCCGAAUUGGAUGAGUUGUGCGAUGAUUGAAUACUGCCUACGUAAAAAGCAUUUCUGUAUUACGACUGUGACCAAAUAUAUAAUUUAUCAAUAUUCAGUUUUUCACACAAACAUUCCCGUAAAGAUGUUUUUUACUUUCAGUAGAACAGUCUUUUAGAAAUCACUCGAAUGAAUGCAGGGUCGGAAUGGUUAGGGACAUAAUAAAAGGAUUCCACGCGAAUUUCUCAUUUCAACCAAAGUUGUUUUUUUUACUGCGAGCACAAAAUGAACAUUCUUCCUUUUGUCUAUACAUACUGGUUAUGUUUAAAUCGUGUCAAAUAUAAUAGUAAUUACUGCUAUAUCUAAUUGAACAAUUUACUUGGAAUCCUGGUGAUGUAACGAUGUGACUUAGAUUAAAAUAUACUACAUAAUAUAGUGAAGUGAGUAUGUAUACCUACCGUGUUAUUUGUAUGUAGGUAUGUGUUUACCUACGUGUACAUAAUAUGUUAGUGCGGUUGUAAAUUAGAUUUUUAUAGAAUUUAUGAACAAAACAUAGUUGAGGCAGAUGUAAAGAUCUCCUGUAGUUCACACGUAGUUCUUAAUUAUUGUAAGUUUGUUGAAUUAAAAUUUUAACUAUAUUACCUUUUGUAAUAGCAAGGAAAAUUUGUUUCUUACAUCAAUCUAUAUACUAUCGUAAAACCAACUAAUAUUUUGAAAAUUGCAACGUUUUAGAAAAAAUAAAGAUAUCAUUUUGUGUAAGUUAUUUUAACUGAACAAUAAAAGUAAUCUUCACAAAAUAGAUUACAAAUGGAUGGAUAGAAAAUAGAUACAAAAUAAAAUCGAUAGGGCGUCCUACUGAAAACUGAAGAGUGCAAUUUCGCAAAUGCGCCAUCGCUCUACGAUGGUGAAUUAAAAAACAAUUUCGUAAUCCAACAUCAUUACGAUUGUCGACGAACAUGACCCAGUCGUAGGUAGAUACUUCCUCUACACCCUCUGUCGACAUUCCAAUGCAAACUGCAAGAAUUUUCGCAAUUACAACAGUUUUCUAUUGGAAACCUUUUAAAAUAAUACAUUUUGGUGCUUAAACAGGGCCCCUGCAUCUGUCUCAAUUAUGAAAAUAUUUUUAUAUUAAAAUUAUAUAAAGAAGAAAAUUGGCAUAUGGUAUAUCUAUGAUAAUUCAGCGUCACGUAUUAUUCGGCAUGGUAUUUUAUUUUCAUUUAUGAACAUUUUCUCAAUAAUAAUUAGAGUACGAGGGGGUUGUUUAGUGUAAUGAUCAAAAUUAUAUACUCAGUUAGUGAAUAAGAAAAUGAUUUUCUUUAUCAAAGAUUUAACAUUAUUGCCGUUGCGAUGAAAACCAAAUAACUAAGUAUAAUUUUGUUCGUGGAGCUCAUUUUGACAUGAUAAAAUCCAUCACAAUGUUUCAUUGUUUCUAUAAUUGACUUCAUGUAGUAUUGUUGGAAAUCAAAAGAAAAUAAUAAGACAAUAUUUUGAUAUUGGAAUAAAACUAUUUUGCGGGUGGUCCGCCCCGUGACCACGAAGGCUGCAGUCUUCGAAACGUCGGGAGAAAAUUAUAAAAUUAAUAAUCUGCAAUUAUAAAUCUGCAAAAUAGUUUUUUAUUUCAAUUAACAUUCGCGUAUACAUAGAAAUCAUUACAAUAUUUUGAUUUUCAAUAAUAUUAUAUCAUUUAAACACUGCCUUUUGUCACAAUUACUAACAUUGGGCAUAUUGACAUCUAUAAAGAAUAUAUUAUUGUUUUUCUGCAAGAAAUUAUGUAAGGUGCAUAUGGACCCAGCGUUUUUGGGUACCACCUACUAAAUACACUCGAAUAAUUACUACUUAUAUAAUUUCCUUAUUCCUGCUUUUACUAACUAUUUAUUUCUGUUUAAAUUAUGAUAUCCUCUAUUACAAACACCCGUACACUUUAAGUACAAUCAGCAAAAUAUAAUUUCAUAUGACAUCAACGAAUGCAAUUACUUUUCUUUAACUUAAAUCUCGUUAGAAUUAAACAUGUAGUUAAGUUAUAUAUUAAGUUCUCGAAGUUAAUCGCCCGAGAUGAAUGUUUGCAAUGUUUUUAUCACACAUAGAAGUGAAAAAUAUUUUAUCGUGUAAGAGAAUUGUUAAACUUGUUUAAUUUCAUAUUAGUUGUAGUUCUAGUAUGUGCCUAAUUUUAAUUUUUAAUUAAGUAUAUGCUUUUUGUUUUAAGUAUAAACUGAAUGGAGAGAACAUACUGCCAAUUUUCACCGAUUAACACAUGUAUACUUUGUUUUGUCUGAUUUAAUAAUUUUGUUUUCGAGUCCACUCUGUGCCAUAGGAAUAAGAUGUAUUUCGUAAAUGGAAUAUUGUCUUUUAUAUUAUUCGGAAUUUAUAAAAUGAAAAUUAUACAUUUAUAAAAAUAUAUUACGAAUUGAAAUCAUUUUUUGUAAAUAUACGUAAAAUCAGAUUGUUUUAUAUAUUUAGAGAUUAAAUUACUGUCAAUGAA